CGCAAAACACGUUUCAAGCAAGCAAGCAAGCAAGCAAGCAAGGCGAAGAUGUGGGAUGAUGAUGUGCACGAUGACGAUGGCCACGAUCAUGCGCUGGCGAUGGCUGAGCAGGAUGCUCGGGCGAGGGAGCGGGUGAUGCGGAAGAACGCGUAUGCAGAGGCUGCGACGAAAGCGCGUGAGGAAGCAAGACAAGAAGGGUUUGAACACGGUGUAUCGGAAGGCAUCAGCAUGGCGGUUGAACUGGGGCGCAUCCUCGGCAGCACGUGCUCCAUGUUGAUGUACUUCACGAGACCAGAGAACGCAGACAAGGUCUCCAAGGAUGCCGUGGCAGAGAUGGAGGCAUUGUAUCAAGACGUAUACCUGUUUGACCCAUUGACAGUGGCCGACGAGCUGGUGCUGCCCGGCGAGUCUGAUGCCCAGAAGAGUGAAGAAGGGGACAGUGCAACAACAACGCAGGCGCCAGAGGAGCCGCCCCAGCACGGCUGCAGUAACUGUGAAUGCGGCAAGACACAAGCUGACGCGUGCUGUCAGCAGCAACCGGAAGAAGCAACAACCGCCUCAUCAGAUCAACCCCGAUCAGCCCAGAAACCCGACUCACCUUGCCCUCCAUCGUUAAUGCGAGCAGCUUCCAAAUCCCGGAUCUUGUGCGAGUUCAUGUCUGGUGUGCGCGAGCGACACCAGCGGCUACAGGCCAUCAUUGCAACAGCAUUCCACCCCAUCACACCCACACCGACAAGCCGAACAGAGAAGAGAGUAUGACCAAUUCCAACGGUCAUUCGUUGGUGCACGUGCCACAUAUACACCACGUGUUUGUGUGCACAGUGCAGUCUCUGCGCCCUCAUCCUCGUUGUCUCUUCCUCAUUGCGGUGGUUGAGAGCCCCACACAUGUAAGUAAACGAGCCCACAGCA